UGUUUUUUAUUUUUUUUAUCAGACAAAGUUUAAUUGUAUUUUGAUGACCUCUCCUUUUCUUAUAACUGACUUGUCAAGUUCAUGAUGAUUGAAAAUUAAUAAGCAUAAUUUUUUUUUAUGUUACUUCCAAAGAAUUUUUUUCACUAAAGAGAUUUUAUGAAGUGUGCUAGUGCUAUAAUUUUUUGUGGACAUACGCCGGUUUUUUAAUUAAACUUACAUACUAGAAAGAAACGCGAUUUUGACUUGUAUUAGUAAUUAAUUACAGGAUUAUUGAUUUACUUUAAAGAACUCCUUUUGCUAAAUAACAUGGGUGAUUCGAACUUUCGAGCAAAGGACAUUGGCUUCCGUGCUCAGAAGAAGUUGCUUAGUCGUAUGGCAAACAAGAGUAUUGCAAAAGUAUUUAUCGAUGACGCCACAGGAAAUCUGCUGGACAAUCUCUAUAAACUUGGCAGGAGUCAGUCUGGUAAUAAGAAGGAAGCUGAAAAAGUCGUAAAGAAUAUUAUAAAAAUUGUAAUCAAAAUAGGAAUUUUGUAUCGCAAUGACCAAUUCAAUCAAGAGGAACUGUGGACAGCUGAAAAAUUUAAGCACAAAUUCCACUCCACAGCCAUGGCAAUCAUCAGUUUCUAUGAGGUCGAGUUCUCCUAUGAUCGUAAUUUUCUCCUACAAUCUUUAAACGAAUGCUGUGCCCUUCUCAAGAGUUUAGUUGUCCGCCACCUAACGGAGAAAUCCAUCAACAGAAUAGAGCACGUGUUCAACUUUUUUGCCAGUCCAACGUUUCUCGAUGAUGUGUUUAGCAGAGAUAGUCACCACAAAGACAUUUUAGGAAGAAUUGUGUCCGACAUGCAUAGGCUUAUGGAAGAUGGUUCUCUUUAAUGAUAUCUAGCAGAGAUAGUCACCACAAAGACAUUUUGGGAAGAAUUGUGUCCAGCAUGCAUAGGCUUAUGGAAGAUGGUUCUCUUUAAUCAUAUAUCUCUUAUAGCAGUGUCCUUUUAUUAAAAAACAAAUUUUUACACGGAACCUUUUUUUUUAAAGAAUGAAAACCAGUGAAUUUUAAUCUCUAGGAAUUAUGCCUUAAAAACACUUUUUUUAAAGGGAGAAUCGCACAUGUUUUUGUAAUUAACAAAGGAAACUGACUACAGGAAAAAAAAUAGGUUUAAAGGGAAUUUUUAAGGAAUGCUGCCUAUGUUUUUAUAAUAAACAAGAGUUAUAGAUUGUAGAAACUGUCUAACUCUGAAUUUAGCAUGUUUUUUUUAUAGGAUUGCACAUGUUUUUUGUAAUAAUCAUGGAAGAUGUUGUUGUACAUUAAUAAUCCUAAAUUCAAAGAAAAAUGUUUUUAAAAGACAUUUUUAAGAAAGAUUGCACAUGUUUUUGUAAUAAACAAGGGUAGUAGAUUACAAGAAAAUAGUAGUAUGCAUUAGGUAUCGUAAACUGAGUUUAGCAUGCUCAUUUUAAUUUAGUGCUUGAUUUAUAACGCUUAAGCUUUUUAUAAAGAAAUCUUAAUUGUAAUUUCCUUCAAGGAUUUUUCUGCAAGUUUUUGUGUUUUGAAUUACUAAUUCAAUUUGAUAUAUUUUAUUCAUUCUUCUUUGAAUGGAUUUUAAUCGACAAUGUACCAGUUUGUAAUUUAAAUAUAGUUCCUAGCUUUUGAUAUAAUGUAAUCCUUUCAAUUUGCAUUAUAAUUUUGUUUUAAAACUUUUAAGACAUAGUACUGAAUUUAGUAAUUAAAGUAGUAUGUAUGCUACUUCAUAAUUGUCAUAAUUAAUCAUAUAAUGAGUAAAUAGAUUUUUAUUUAAUUAUUUUAAAACUUUUAUUUGCAUAGUUACUAUUAUUAAUGUUUGCUUACGAAUUGUUUUCAUUUAUCUACAGUUGUAUGUUAAAAAUACAAGUUGAUUAGUUAUUGUGACAUUACAAUACACUUGCCAUGUUUAUUGCAAUUUUUUUGCAUUGUCCAUGUAUAUUUAGAAAAAGAUUUGUACACAUCUGUUUAAAAACAGGUAUUUUUUAAUAAUGAAUUUUUGCAGUUAUACAUAUUUGAUUUGAGCGUUUAUAAGUGUUUUUCAUUGUGAGGUAUAAUCUGUCUUAUUUUACUAUCAAAAUGUGCUUCCACAAGUAUACAGACUCACACAUUUGUGUACUUUAAAAUUAUGCACAAUAUUGAAUAACAGCUAAACUUUUUGAAAUGUAGAAGUCAACAUUAUGUAAUGUAGUUGUUUGUAGUGUAAGCUAUUGAAAUACUUAAAAGAGAAUGCAUAGUUGCAUUUAAAAUAUGAAGAAGAUAGCAAAGUUGCCAUAUUUGUUAUCGA